AUGUCUAACUCUGCUGCUCCCCUCCGUCUGGGCUCUGUUGCCCCCAACUUCAAGGCCCUCACUACCCAGGGCGAGAUUGACUUCCACGAGUUCAUCGGUGAUAAGUGGACUAUCCUCUUCUCCCACCCUGCGGAUUUCACACCCGUGUGCACCACGGAAUUGGGCGCUUUCGCUCGCCUCCAGCAUGAGUUCGACCGCCGCGAUGUUAAGAUGAUCGGAUUGAGUGCCAACGAUCUCGGCUCUCACGGCGAGUGGAUCAAGGACAUCAACGAGGUCGGCAACACUCAAGUCAAGUUCCCCAUCAUUGCCGAUGCCGACCGCAAGGUCGCCUUCUUGUACCAGAUGGUCGAUGAGCAGGAUCUCACGAACAUCGAUGAGAAGGGUAUCGCUUUUACUAUCCGCUCCGUCUUCAUUAUCGACCCCAAGAAGAAGAUUCGUCUUAUCAUGCUCUAUCCCGCCUCUACCGGCCGUAACUCCGCUGAGGUUCUGCGUGUUAUUGAUUCCCUGCAGACCGGCGAUAAGAACGGUGUCACCACCCCCAUUGACUGGCAGGUCGGUGAGGAUGUCAUUGUGCCUCCUACUGUCAGCACCGAGGAUGCCAAGAAGAAGUUCGGUGAAGUCCGUGAAGUCAAGCCUUACCUGCGCUUCACUACUAUCUAA